CAUCUACCGGUGAGUAGAAUAACUUUCGCUAAGAACAUUUCCCUAGCUACAAAGAAUUGAUUAAACACUAUUGCUGUAGUUACUGCCUUGCAAAAAGAUAUCAAUAUUAUAAAAUACAGAGUUUUCAGGUAUUUUAAACAUGGAUGACCCAGAGAAAAGAAUACCAGUGCUGUGUUUAGGACCAAAAGGUUCAGGAAAAACCACAUUACUGAAGAAACUGCAAAACGCUGAAGGGAUAGAUAACACGUACAGCCCCGUACCAACGGUAGGAACCAAUAUUUACGAUGUAUAUUACAUUAACAAACACGGGAAGAAACAAAUGCUUUCCAUUAGAGAAGUGGGCGGUGAGAUGGCGCCACUGUGGCACAAUUACUUGGACGGAGUCGAAAAGAUAAUUUAUGUAGUCGACACAUCCAAUCUAUGUCAAAUAUCAGCGGCUGCUGUACUACUUUAUACGUUGUUAGCUGAACCAAGACUUAAAAGCGCUAAAUUCAUCCUAGUCUUGAGCAAAAUGGAUGCAGCUUACAGGCAGAUGCGCAAUGAAGCGCUGCUAAUGCUCCAAUACGCCAGGCUUAGCACAGAGCUAUCUAACGCACCCAUACUGCUCGAGGCAGCACCCCUCACGGGCGAGGGCAUGGACCAACUGAAGGCUGUCCUCUGCGACAUCAAGAUUGUGAAUACUUUUUAAUUUAAAAUGUAAAU